GCGCGUCAACGGAAGGCCAAACCAGAUUCCUCACGAUUCACGAAACCAUACUGCAGAAAAAAGAAGAAGAGGGAAAUGGGAACUUGAUUGAGGUCAACCAAAGGUUAAUGAGGGCCUUGAUGAAGUCGGAUUAUGGCUAAGUGGGGUACUCUGGGUCACCGGAACGGAAGAGAGAACCCCUUCCAGUUCCCGAGCCACAGCCGCAGCUUCCGAUAAAAGCCCCGCGUUCGCGCUCUCCGGCCUCUGCUCCCCCACCUAACGUUCUCCCUCGGCCAAACUCUAGCUUAAUUCUCCGCGAGUCCUCCUAGAGCUUGACCUUUCUUCUUCCAUCAGCCCAUCGAGAAGCUUAAUUUGACGAGCCGGCGGAGAACUGGACAAGUCACGUGGGGGGAGCAAGCAGAAAGCAGAGGAGGGCAAUGGCGAUGCGGAUGGGGAAGUACGAGAUGGGGCGGACGCUGGGGGAAGGCCACUUCGGCAAGGUGAGGCUGGCCAGGCACGCCGACGACGGCCGCGCCUUCGCCAUCAAGAUCCUCGACCGCCAACGCAUCCUCGCCAUGAAAAUCCACGAGCAGAUAAAGAGGGAGAUCGCGACGCUGAAGCUGCUCAAGCAUCCCAACGUCGUCCGCCUAUACGAGGUUUCAGCAAGCAAGACCAAGAUAUACAUGGUCCUAGAGUAUGUAAAUGGAGGAGAGCUAUUCGACAAAAUCGCAUUAAAGGGUAAGUUGUCAGAGAAAGAAGGGAGAAGACUGUUCCAGCAGCUAAUGGAUGCUGUAAGCUAUUGCCACGAGAAGGGAGUUUAUCAUAGGGACCUUAAGCCAGAAAAUGUCCUUGUUGAUGCAAAAGGAAACAUAAAGGUUUCUGAUUUCGGAUUAAGUGCCCUUCCACAGCAUCAACGGAAAGAUGGAUUACUGCAUACCACAUGUGGCAGCCCUAACUACAUAGCCCCUGAGGUCCUUCUCAACAGAGGUUAUGAUGGCUCCAUGUCAGACAUAUGGUCCUGUGGUGUUAUCCUGUACGUUAUGCUUACAGGGAACCUUCCAUUUGAUGACGAAAAUAUGGUUGUCCUUUAUCAGAAGAUUCUGAAGGGGAGUGUUCAUAUUCCUAAAUGGCUUUCGCCAAGCGCCCAAGAUAUUCUGCGCAAAAUCCUGGAUCCUAACCCCAUUACCCGCUUCGGUAUGGAUGGAAUAAGGGCACACGAUUGGUUCAAUCAAAGUUAUACUCCGGCUGUGCCUAUUGAUGAUGAUGACGAUAACUACAUUGGUGAUGAUAACCCACAAAUAACCGAGCAAAAUGACAUUCAAGACAACCCUGCAAUCAACCAGAUAAAUGCUUUUCAACUCAUUGGGAUGUCCUCAUGCCUUGAUUUAUCUGGAUUUUUUGAGAAAGAGGAUGUCUCGGAAAGGAAAACCAGAUUUGCAUCAAACCAUUCCCCUAGUUAUUUAUUUGAGAAGAUAGAGAGCAAUGUUACAAAUAUGGGCUUCCAAGUACAGAAGAACAAUGGCAAGCUAAAAGUGAUCCAAGAUCGCAAGGGACCAUCGAAUCCAAGAGGACAUGAAUUGCUAUUAAUCUCUGCUGAGGUAUUUGAGAUCAAUGAAUCUCUUUAUGUAGUUGAGCUAAAAAGAUCAUCUGGAGAUUGUUCCUUAUACAGACAGCUGUGUGCAACGCUCUCAGAUGACUUGGGAAUAUGCAAAAGCCAGCAACCUUUGAAGAAGGAUUCUAUAAGACAAGAACUUUAUCGAUAUAAUAGUAGCUUUUGAUAGAAAAAUCCCCUCCCCACAUGUCCUUUUUACUUUUUUAGCAAGAGGAUUCACUAGGUAAAAGGGCCCUCCCCUUUUUUAACAAGAGGACCCACUAGGUGCCAAGUAUGAGACAUUUUUGUAAACUAAGCUGUAGAUAUACAGGCUACCAAAUAUCAGAGAAAAGUGUAGCCAUCCGCACCGCAAAAGAAACAUUUUCAAUUGAUACUUCAUGAUCAAUAUUUGACUUUGGGUUACUACUUCU